CCGCUCGCAUUGCAACUUUUGCAGGGACUCUACAGACAUGUCGUACACUAGCUGAAGUCAACCUGCAAUUUGGCUCAACAUUUGAGCCAAAAAACUAUUCACAAUCGUCAGGGUUUUGUUGCAGAAAUAAUACACUAUAUUUUUCCCGUGGACUGAGCACGAAUUUGUAACCUUGGAUGGGAUUUUAGAUUUUUCUUCUCACUAAUGAACUGAGCUAGUAAUGCAGGAGACAGCGACUCUGUCAGGGGCUCAAGAUGGCAGAUUUUUACUGAGUUCUGAACAGAUAUCUCGCUUUAUUUUUUGCCAUGAAUAACAGAAGUCCUUGCACCGAUGGCCCCUGUAUACGAAGGUAUGGCCUCGCAAGUGCAAGUCUUGUCCCCUCACACUCUCCAGUCAAGUGCCUUCUUUAGCGUGAAGAAGCUGAAGGUGGAGCAGAGUUCAUACUGGGAUAUGACAGGGUACGGCACGCACAGCAAAGUCGUCUACAGUCAGAACAGCAAGCAGCAAGUGUCCCACGCCACCCCUCUUGGCAUCAACUCCUCUCUGCCCUACGAGCAGCCAGCGCUCAUCUUCCCGUCUAGCGCGGGGCACAUCGUGGUCGCCUCGGCCAGCAGUACCUCGGGCACCGCAGGGCCUCUGGGGCCUCUGUUGGGCUUGGCCGGUAGCAGUAGCGGCAGUGGAGGCGGAAGCGGAGGAGGAAGUGGUGGAGCCAUCCACAACCUGACCCGUCGCAGCACCGUCAGUCUGCUGGACACCUACCAGCGAUGCGGGCUUAAGCGCAAGAGUGAGGAGCUUGACAACAGCAACAGCAGCGUGACGAUCAUCGAGGAGCACGGCGGCGGCACAACGAUGAUCCAGAACGCAGCCAGCGGGGCCGCUGUGGCUACGGCCACGGCAACGGCCACAUCGACAGCCACCUCCAAGAACAGUGGCUCCAACAAUGAAGGGGACUACCAGUUGGUGCAGCACGAGGUGGUCUGCUCCAUGACCAACACCUACGAGGUGCUAGAGUUCUUAGGCAGAGGCACCUUCGGCCAGGUGGUCAAGUGCUGGAAGAGGGGCACCAACGAGAUUGUUGCCAUCAAGAUCCUGAAGAACCACCCGUCAUACGCGCGCCAGGGCCAGAUCGAGGUGAGCAUCCUGGCCCGGUUGAGCACGGAGAGUGCAGAUGACUACAACUUUGUGCGUGCCUAUGAGUGCUUCCAGCACAAAAACCACACGUGCCUGGUGUUCGAGAUGCUGGAGCAGAACCUGUACGACUUCCUCAAGCAGAACAAAUUCAGUCCAUUGCCGUUGAAGUACAUCAGACCGGUCUUGCAGCAGGUGGCCACGGCCCUGAUGAAGCUCAAGAGCCUGGGCCUGAUUCACGCUGACCUGAAGCCGGAGAACAUCAUGUUGGUGGAUCCCUCCAGGCAGCCCUACCGCGUCAAGGUCAUCGACUUUGGCUCGGCCAGCCACGUGUCCAAAGCCGUGUGCUCCACCUACCUGCAGUCCAGAUACUACAGAGCUCCAGAGAUCAUCCUGGGUCUGCCGUUCUGUGAGGCCAUCGACAUGUGGUCUCUGGGCUGUGUCAUCGCUGAGCUCUUCCUGGGCUGGCCCCUCUACCCAGGGGCCUCCGAGUACGACCAGAUCCGGUACAUCUCUCAGACACAGGGGCUGCCUGCGGAAUUCCUCCUGAGUGCAGGGACUAAGACUACCAGGUUCUUCAACCGAGUCACAGACUCUACCAACUACCCCCUGUGGAGACUGAAGACACCCGAGGACCAUGAAGGAGAGACAGCGAUCAAGUCGAAAGAGGCCCGGAAGUACAUAUUCAACUGCCUGGACGAUAUGGCGCAGGUUCAGAGCACUGUGAAUAUGACGGCAGAUCUGGAGGGUAGUGACAUGCUCGCGGAGAAGGCAGACAGGAGAGAGUUCAUCGACUUGUUGACCAAGAUGCUGACAAUCGACGCGGACAAAAGGAUCACCCCCAUCGAGACCCUCAAUCAUCCCUUCAUAACCAUGACCCACCUCCUCCCCCACAGCACACAUGUCAAGUCCUGCUUCCAGAACAUGGAUAUCUGUAAGCGUCGUGUGGGCAUGUACGACACGGUCAACCAGAGCAAGACCCCUUUCAUCACCCACGUGGCCCCCAACACCUCUACCAACCUCACCAUGACCUUCAACAACCAGCUCAACACUGUGCACAGCCAGGCCACCAACCUGGCUCCCUCCACCACCAGUGCCACCCUUUCCCUUGCCAACCCCGAAGUCUCCAUACUAAACUACCCAUCUGCACUCUACCAGCCGUCCGCAGCCUCCAUGGCUGCCGUGGCCCAAAGGAGCAUGCCCCUGCAGCCCGCGGCCCCUCAACUCUGUCCUGCCCGGCCUGACCCCUUCCAGCAGGCCCUCAUCGUCUGUCCACCAGGCUUCCAAGGGCUGCAGGCUUCCCCGUCCAAGCACACAGGCUACUCUGUGCGGAUGGAGAAUGCCGUUCCUAUAGUGACGCAGGCCCCCGGCGCUCAGCCGCUGCAGAUCCAGACAGGCCUGUUGACACAGCAGGCCUGGCCCAGUGGCACCCAGCAGAUACUCCUACCCCCGGCCUGGCAGCAGCUUACCCACACCUCGGUCCAGCACGCCACCGUCAUCCCAGACUCCAUGAUGGCCUCACAGCCCCUGGCUAACUGGAGGAAUUCUCACCAGCACAGUGGCCAUUACAAUCCCAUCAUGCAACAGCCGGCGCUGCUGACUGGCCACGUCACCCUACCAUCCAACCAGAACCAGCCUCUCAAUGUGGGCGUGGCCCAUGUGAUGAGGCAACCAUUGACCAAUAACAACAACUCUUCUUCCAAAAAGACCAAGCAGCAUCAGAUGACUGCCAGGAACGUGUCUGCAUACGAGGUGUCCUCCUCCCAGGCGGUACUGUCCCCACAGCGCUCCAAACGGGUGAAGGAAAACACCCCUCCACGCUGUGCUGUGCUCCAGAACCACGCCCCCUCCUCCAGCUCUGGCUGUGGACCCCCACAGGGUUGCGGAGGGUGGGGAGUGGGUGAAGCAGAGCAGGCUUCCAGCACCACCCAGGACCACCACCAGCACCACAACAGGCCGCGUCAGACCAUCAUCAUCCCUGAUACACCCAGCCCCGCUGUCAGUAUAAUCACCAUCAGCAGUGACACAGACGAGGAGGAUGAUCACAAGCAGAGCAACACCAACCAUACCAGUUCCAGACAAUUCCACCCGGCACAGCCAGAAGUUGACUGGCCACCCAUCAGAGCCUGGUUCCUCUCUAGGUUUCUUCCUAGCUUGUCCAAGCAUAGGAAGAACGUCAUCAGCUGUGUGACGGUACACGACUCCCCCGACUCGGACCUGUCCAGUAACAACAGUCCCUAUGCCGUAGAGUCCAGGCUGGCCAACAACAACGGCUACCAUGACUCCAAGACCACCUUGCUGGACAACUACAGCAACGGCAACAACCCCCGCACCAUCAUCAUCCCCCCUCUGAAGAGCCAGUCCAGCGAGGUGCUGAGCGAGUGUGAGCGCCUGAUGCCAGGUAUCUACACAGAUAUCUACACAGAUGCAAUGAAUCAUCAGAAUUCGGCGUAUAAGUUCAAAACCUCCAACGGCGUGGGCAUGAUGUCUGGCAACAACCACCUUUCGGGGGGUAUGGCUUACCGACAGCAGCGCUCAGGGCCACACCCCUUCCAGCAGCAGCAGCCUCUCAAUCUCAGCCAGGUAUGGAGAGAGAGCCAAGCCCAGCAGCACAUGGUAGCUGAGAGGAACGGAGGCCACCGGCGCCAGCAGGCUUACAUCACCCCAACCAUCGCAGCCCAGGCCCCCUACUCCUUCCAGCACCACAACAGCCCCUCUCACACUGCCAACGUGCACACCCACCUGGCUGCCACCCACCUGUCUGCCACCCACCUGUCUGCCACCCACCUGCCCGGCCAGCCUCACCUUUACACCUACACCGCCGCGCCCGUCGCCCUGGGCUCCACGGGCACCGUGGCCCACCUGGUGGCAACUCAGGGCUCGGCCCGCCACACGGUCCAACACGCCACAUACCACACACCGGGCAUCGUCCACCAGGUGCCUGUCAGCAUGGGGCACGGUGUGCUGCCCUCGCCCACCCUCCACCACAGCCAGUACCAGGCCCAGUUUACCCACCAGACGUACAUCAGCGCCUCGCCUGCCUCCACUGUCUACACUGGAUACCCACUGAGCCCCACCAAGGUGAACCAGUACCCUUACCUCUAGAGCCAAGCCAACACACUGGAGACCCAGAACCCCCCCCCCAACCCCAACCCCAGCACUACUGAUGCUGCUCACCCCAUGUCCUCCAUCCCUAUCCCUACUCCACGGACAGAGAGAUAGAGAGACAUGCAUUCUUUAUGAAACUGUCACAUUUAACUUGAAGAUAUAACGACAGAGAGGAAAAGGGAAAUUACACAGCUCCUCUAAGGGUAAGGAGGUGUGCAUUUUUUUCUCCAAAAGGGCCAGUUUUGCUUUGUUUUCUCUCUUGGUUUUAUUUUAUUUUUCUCAUUCUUUUACAGCAAGGUCUUCGUGACAGGCGUUUGAGAGAGAUGGAGGGUUUCUGUUCUUCUAACACGGCUUUUUGUUUUGUCUUCUCCUCUUGAAUUGGGGGUCCCUCUCUGGAUGUUGGAAUUCCCACUGUGAGAAUUCCCAUGAGGAUUUGGGAAUGAAGGUGAAAUACGGAAACCUGCUGCUCUUCAAAGAAUUUUAAAAAAUAACGAUGGCCUUGAACUGUCUUAAACAUUUCCAAAUCAUUCAAGGUGUGGGAGAGAGAACGAAGCAACCUCCUUCUCCAACAGACAACCGGAGUCAGGAAUCUUCUGGAAAUAUAACCAACGAAAGACAAAAAAAAACAUUAAAUGUAUUUAUAGCUAUUUUCCCUUCGAUUUUUCGUUCUCACCUUUUUGAGGAGACUUAUGUUAUAGGUAUAGGAGUCUUAGCCGGGCCCUGUUUUUAGAAUGUAGCAGUCUGCACCCAGAUUCUUUUAUCAAGAGCUUUUUCUGAUACCAAUAGAAUUUAUUUGUUUCUCUUUUUUCCAAUGUGAUUGCACAAAGUGGUUAUAAUAACAUAGGCAUGUACAACGUGAUUAUCUGUGUGUGCGUGUGCUACUGUCAGCCAUGUGUGUGUAGUCCACCUCCUCUUGCACCUUUGUGCUAUAAUUCUCUGAAUCCUCCGCAGUCUUAGGUUUGACCAUUGUUCCCUUGUAGUGCCUUACAGAUAUAACGACACAGUUUAUGUCGCUGGAACCUUGAGAGCCAACAGACUAGCUGGAACUGGUUCCUUGGUUUGACAUGUUAUUGUCGGGGCAGUUUUUGAUUUCUCUUCCAGGUGUAGGCUUAGCCCCUAGCUCUGUUUCCUAUCCUUAUGACAGUAUACUACAGAGGUCAGAGGUCAGAGUUCAUAUUUGCCUGACCUUUGGCUUUUUUGUUAAGUGUGCAUGAGUUUAACUUGCUUAGGGUACUGAACCAAAGUUGUUAGAUCAAUCCUCGUCACGUUGUGUGCUGGGUAUUAAUGUUAAUAUGUGUACAGUACUAGCCUUUCUCACCGUGAUAUCCAUACAUACGAUGGCUUAGGUUUGAGAUGUCUUACUUUGUUUUUAAAUCACACGAGGAAUUGGUUCAGAGGAAUGAUAGAACAGAGAAGUAUUAGCACAAGGAUCCAUUUUGGGGCAAUGGAAAAUGCAGAAAUACAAGAAUGUGAAUGUCAAAAACAUGUAUGUGAUGAGUUCAACAUAGGGCGAGGGUGACAGAGUCCAGAGUUCGACAACAAAAUAGCAAAAGCCCGAUGGGAAGUUGUGGUUGCUAUGGCUGAGAUCCCGAGAAGGCCAGUGAGAGAGAGUCUGGUUGGUUGCAUUGGGGAAGCAGAGUAUUGAGGGCUGGUGAGAGGGGUUGCUGGGUAGGAGUCAGACCUGGACUCAAAUAAUAUUUCAAAUCUUACAAAUACUUUGAACAUUUGUUUUAGCCUGCCUGGAUUGCCAGAUGGGCUAUGUUUGCAGUUUAGCAAGUAUUACUUCCAUUGCGCCAGGCAAACUCAGGCAAGCCCAGCUAAAGUGUUUGAAAUGAUUUCUAAUAGUAUUUAAACCCAGAUCUGAGUAAGUGAGGGGCUACUAGAAAGAUUUGGGUUGGGAUGGGUAGGAACUGAGGAUGGCAGAGUGGUAGUGUGGCAUUCCUCAUGUUAAUUGGACUAAAAGAAUUAGCAUGUUGGCACUGAGCAGGUUGGUAGGAACAGUGGGUAGGAGUUACAUUGGCUACAUGGAUGCACACCUAACUAUGAUACAAGUUGUUGUGUUGUUGUUGUCUUGCAAAGAUAAAUGGAAGUGAUUUAGUCUUUUCUGCUCUGAGGGUUGUGUAGCACCUCUCAGCAGAGAGCGAGAGACUGGAACGGAACAGAAAUGCUACAGUGUACACCUGGAAGGUCUUCCUAUGAAAUGGGCUUCAUUUGUUAACACUAUCUCUGUUUUGUCUUUGGAAUGUGUUCACAGACACCUCACCACCAGAAAGGGAUACCAGAUAUGUAGUAAGAGAACUGAUUGGCCUAUUGCUUCUAUGUGUUUGCUACUCAAUUUAACAUCCGUUUCAUUUGUCUUAGCCAAUGAUAUAUGAAUAAUCUCGCUGUUAUAUGUUAUACUGUCCUCAUUAAGUGGGCACAUCAGAACUGCUUGUGGUUUUAGGAAGAGCCUUCCCCCUUAUCCCUUCAUAUCAUGCCAUAGUACUUGCAUUUGAAGUGAUUGUUUUAUUUUUAUGUUACCAUUGAACUUUUGAAAUGGCUGUAGGUACAGUAUAUAUUGUGUUAUUUUACAGAUAGUUGCAAUCAAGUGUUUUGAUGAUUUGUUAUUAGGCUCAUUUCUAUUUUGAUUUGUAACUGGGAGUUGCUGUACGUUGAUGUUAAGUAUUCCUAGGAGGGUGUGUAUACCUAUGUAACGUGUUCAGGCACCGUUGACAAUAAUAAGGUUGUGAAGUUGAUGAUGAUCCAUUGGGGCCCUUAUAGGUACUGUAGGUCAUUUAGGCUUGAGUGGGUCAGACCCAGGUUUGCUCCUCAAACCAAACCUAAAACAACAGCAUCUUGGUACUUCACCAAUAUGCCACCGCGCUCCCUCCAACCGGCUCCACCAUGCAAGCCUUGGGUUCCUGGCAGUCAAAGAUGUGGUGUAGAGAUACCGUGCCGUAGGUAUACAUUGCUGGUUGCAUCAUUUUCUUUCUGUUCUGUGUUGUACCUUUGUUUGUACGUUUUUGUUCCUUUCCAUAAGGCCUGUGGGCCUAAGCACACACAUAAGAGAGAUGCUUUUCCACGCGAGAGUUUGGCGCCUCCAUAAAGGGGUAGACUACUGAAACAUUCCACUGCAGAGAGAAUCCGGCAUCCAUACUGCACACCCAACAGCCCCUAUAGCUCUCUGUUCACUUGUCAUUUGGGGACGUUUCUUUUUUUCCCACCAAAGAAAUUCGACACGAUGAUGUACAGUACAAACACAAACAAUCCCCAAUGUGGUCUGGCAAUAGCGUCUGCAUUAAAGGUACAUGUUUAGACCAGAAGUUAUUGCCAGACCACAUUGGGGAUUGUUUGUGUUUGUACUGUACAUCAUCAACAUGUCGAAUUUCUUUGGUGGGAAAAACAAAAGUCCACAAAUGACAAGUGAGAUGUGCGCACAUAUAGUACUGUAGAAAUACAUACAGUCUGUGCACAACACACACAUAUGACUGAUUAGAGUUGCCACAAUAUCUGCUUAUGGUUGAGCUAUUUUGAAGGAGUUUACUGUCAAUUGCAGUCCACCAUUCUCAAACAUCUAUGAUUUGAACCAUGUAUUAUUUGAUAUCUGUCACUUGUUUCCCCCUAAAUGUAAAAAUGGAAUUCUUCGAAUUGUUUUAUAUAAGUGUUUUUUUACGUUGUUAAAGUUGUAUUUUAGCUUUAUUAAUGUUGUAAGCAAAUGAAUUUUUUAAAAACAAAAACAUGUUAUAAGUUAGUGUGCCAUGGAAUGACCUAUAGAGUGAAAUGAAUAAAAAAAUAUAUAUCAAUAAUACCUUUAAAAUAAUGGUCACGAGCACAACAUGAAUGUAAUAUGUGACCUGCUUCAUCUGAAAUGCUUUAAAUAUUUCUGCUUGAGUGACCAUUAGUUAAAGUAAACAUUUGAUUUCUACAUUAUUUGUUGCCAUGCAAGAUGCAAUAAGUCUGUGAUUCCAGCAAAAACAACUUGAGUUAGCAUAAAUUCAUUUGAAAAAGUCAACAUUUUUAUUCCGAUAUGGGGUUUUCAAAUAUGAUAUAUUCGAUUUCAUUCUAUUUUUUUUCUCCAUGUAUAAUCUAAAUUUAGCAAAUUACGAGAAGCCCUUUGAAUCUUACGCUCAAUUUUCUUUCAACGUACUUGCUAUAUUUUGAAUGAGAACAUGUAUUUGAAUGUGUAAAAUAUGUUAGUAUCGUACUACUUUGUUUAACAUGCGUUAUGUGUUUUAUUAAGGAAAAUAUUAAUCAGAAAUGCGAGCAUCAACAUAGAUCCAGUGACCUUACAAUUACCAAAAUGUGCUUCUUUAGAGUGUCAAGAAAUUCUUGUGGUAAUGAAGUUGCUUUACUUUGAAACAUUGUCUCUCCCCUGCUACUGUAGCCAUUUCAAUGUUAGAAUACUGCCUUCCAAAUAACUGAACGAUAUCAUCAGAGCUUUAAGAUGUGGUUUCAAUGAAAGAGAGCUGUGUAAAGCGGCCUCUUUGUGAAGCCUGGUAUUUUUACAGCUUUGUUCUUGAAAUACUCUCGCUACACAAGAAGCGCUCAGCUUCCAACUUUUCCCACAGUGUGUUUGCGAGUACUCUUCCUGGAGUUUUGUUUGAAGUUAGUGCGAAACAUUCCUGAAGACAUGGCACACAUUUCCAGUUAGUCCUCUCAGGCCAAACCCAUCUGAAGUGACUGGAAUCAUUUUAACACCUUACUAGACAAGAAUAAUAAUCUUACACCCACUACACUCCUUUGAAACGUUUUGCAAUCAUUUCAUUGGAGCUUUGCAUAGCACAUUCUCCCAAAGAAGCAGGGAGGUGGGAGAAGUACUUAUUUUAGGAUGAUUUAGGUUAUAUACAUGAUAGAAACUCCAUAAACCAGUAACAACACAUUCUUAAAGCCUUUCUGUAUGAGAGUUGGUCUGUGUGUGUUUGUGUGUUUGUCAAGGGAAUCACCUCCUUCAUUGUUUUUUUCUUUGGUGAUUCAGGCUGAAUUGGUUAAGGGUUUGAUGCUGUCUGUAAUGGAAUAGAUUAAGUGUUAUCAUUUGGCCAGUUUUUGUACACAUGUACUUGAGAACCAAAAUGUAUUUUAUGAUUUUUUUUUUUGAGGUCUCUUUUUUGAUUAUGGACUAACAGUUUGAAACAAUUUGGUUGAGAACGUUUAUUCUUUAGCUAGUUCUUUCCAGCUCAAAUUGUAAAUAAGCAUUGUAGUAAAGUCCUUCAGAGGAUGGGUUCUUGCCUAAUGAAUUCCUAUAGAUAAAGCCCAACACAAACCUUAUUUCUCCACAGUUGACAGCGGUACAAGAGAUGAGACGUAGCAGUAAAGCGCUGUAACUGUCAUACUGUAGCCAUUUUGCAGUCAUCUUGAUCAUGAUUUCGAUUUUGUACUUGCACAAUGAAAUGGGUAAAAAUCGACAUUUUUCUACAAAGUCUCAAGACCUAAAAAGCAUCAAACCCUGACCCCGUUGUGUGUCCAUUGCUAUAUGGUUUGUUAAUGAUGUUCAAAUCUCAUAAGUUGUCGUUCAGGCUAUUGUGUGCUGCAGUAUUUCCUAGUAUACUUCUUUGUUAAUUGUCUCUCAUUUACGUUUAUCAGGGAUUUUUUGAGAAGUGUUUGUUGACUCCUUGUUUCAAUCUGUUCAUGUAUCGUUCUAUCUACCCUGUUCCUUAGACUAAUAUUACUGAGUAUGUUAUGAGAAUGGAUAUUUUACUGGCUUUAUAGAAUGUUUAAAUAUAAUAAUGAGAAUAAGAAGAAUGAUUCAUUAAACUCCUAACAAGUUGAGUAAUUGGCUAUUAAGCGCUUGUGUUACCAUUUAAGAUGUUGUGUGCUUCUCUUAAUCAUUUUCGUUGUAGAAAAAUUGAGUGAAUUUAUAAUAGGCUUCGAAAAACUAAUGAUAGCAUUGUACAUUUACAGGAGGAUUUUAACCGACAACUUUGUCAUAGAAAAAAAAAGUGAUUUAAAUUGUCCUCUUUACUAACUGUAGGGUGAAAAGGGGCUGGCGUUGUGGUGAACUAUGUUCUAGCUUGUUAUUCACUGUCACUUUUGAUCAUUUCUUCGGUCUCCGAGGUGAAUCGAGUUAUUCAUGAGAAUUUGUAUGCUCACAUAUGCAUAUUGUAUAUGUGUAGAAAUGUAAUCACACUUUGUCUUGGAUUUACAUUAAACUGUUAAGUCACGGCACCAGUC